ACUGCCCUGCAUUCCUCAAGUGGCAACAUUUCCUCUGUAGAAGUGGUUCAUCCUUCCUUAAACAUGGCGUGAAAUCUCGCUCCGUCGCUGUGUUUUGUGUGAUCUGUAGCAAACAGCUGAGCGUCUCCGGUGUGAGGAAGAAUUUCUAAGAUCCGAGUUCGCGGCUAAAACAUCAGUUCCACUUUUUGUUUGUUUGUGUCUGUGUGCGUGUCAGAGUGCAUCAUCAGCCUGCUGGAGUGGAUGGAUACAAGAUAACUGAUGACUGAGGGGCAUUUGGGGGCCUUCGUGUCGGUCAUGGCUGAGCUUCUGCCGCCAGACUCAAGAAUGUGUAAUUAUUUCUUCCUAUAUGAUGGCUCCAAGGUCAGAGGAGAGGCUGACCCUACAAGAGAAGGAAUCUGCUACUUCUACCCCGAAGAGACCCCUUUAGACAAACAGGAGCUGCUCUGCGGGCAGCUUGCCGGCGUGGGCCGCUGCGUCUCCGAGCUCUCCUCCUCUCCUGCGCGCACGCUCCGUCUGCGACGCAACAAGUUUGCCAUCCGCAUGAAAGACGACUUCUUCUGGGCGCUGGGCUGCUCGGUGGAUGUCCCUACUGUCAGUAUGUGUGAAUUCCUGGACCAGCUGAUAGACCUUUUUUGUUUCUACAACGGCCCUGUCCGUCAGAGCUAUCAGCUCAACAGUCAGGAAACUCUGGCAGCCCAAUGGGCAAGGUACCUCUCUCACCUGCAGUCAGGAUUCUCAGAGCUUAGUCACAUCUUCAGCUGCUUGAGGACCAUUGACUCAACUAACGUUGACCCCCUUCUCCUGCUUAAAGCGGCCCUCAUUCUUCAGGCUUGUCAGCGCUGCCCUCUAGUGUUAGCCGGCUGUAUUCUUUUCAGAGGAAGAGUUGUCAGCACACAGAUGUCUCCGGGGCUCACAAUGAAGGUCAUGGUUCAUGAGAGUGAAACAUACACUAAGGCCCAGAAGCCCAAUGGAACAAGCACAUCGAGCUCAUUUAGUGGUACUGUCAGCUCCACAACUGUGUUCCUGUCCAUGCCUGAACUCCAGUACCUGCAGUUCGCUCCUGUCAACAAAGGUUUCAGCUCCCCUUCUACUCCACAAAGAGACACUCCCUCAAAGAAGACCCGCCUGUCACGGACUUUAUCUGACACUCCCUCUACUGAUUCAGAUGUAACUAAUCCAAGUUCCUCCCAGCAUCCCCAGAAGGUGUCUUUCAGUCCUCAUUUGUCAGAAUCAAAUGUGUUCAGCCCAGCUCCAUCACAUGGUGCUGCUGAUUCCCUCAACCCAUCUCCACAGUUGCUCAGACCUUCUCUCUCAAAUGGAGAACACUCUCUUGAAGGUGAGGCAGAAGAGAGACCUUCUGGCAGCUCUCACAACAGCACAGGUGGCCGCACCCAGAUACAAAGUGAAGGAGAUGGCUCCGUGUUUGAAGAAAACUUCCAUAUGAAUGGAGGAGAUGGGGACGAAGCUUGUGGGAUGGUAUUUGACUUUAGAGCGGCCGAGUCUGGAAAUGAGCAGUUACCUGAUGACAAGGUGGUGGAGGAAGACAGGAGAGACUCCUGUGUGAGUGCUUCAGGCCACAAAGCAGGGAAGAGCAAUCCUCCUCCUCCCCCUCAUCUCCCUGACACCUUAGUGGAGAAUCCACUGAUCCCCAUGACGCUGUACAUGCACCGAGUGAACGGCUUGGUGUUGGCUCUGCUGGCGGAGCCUCACUUCACGAGUGACGCCACUUCUAUGGAGGAAGUGUAUCACAGCAGCCUGGCUUCACUCAAUGGACUGGAGGCUCAUCUGAGGACCAUCUCUCCAGGUGCCUCUCCAGCUGCCCAAGGAGCUCCGGGACCCUAUACCUUUGCCCAUUUUGACUGCAUUCAGAGCACGCUCACAACCAACCUGUCUGGCCAGUUAGGGGGAGCCCGGGAUCAUCCUUUUGUCAGAGCCACAUCACUUCUUCACUCUCAUUUCUGUAACACUGAGACUCUGCAGGAGGCUAUUAUCAGGAGUGCCAGCACUGCUGUGUAUGGAACCCGCAGCGUGGCCCAGGAGACUUACUUCCAGCAGAACGGUGGAUCACUGAGGAACUCGGGCAUCCCUAACCACCAGGACAGCGCGUUCUCGCUGCCCAGCAAGGCCCGGCACAGACUGCUGAAGCAUGGGGUUAACCUGCUCUGAUGAAGCAGCACCGUGUCGCCUGUUCAAGCGGACUUGUAUUUCAGUAUCUGAAGAACUAUAAUAUACUGUAAGUAAUCUUAAAAACAAACUCCACUGCAGCAAAUUUUUACAAUAGGAUUACAUCUUCUUUCCUUUGCAGCAGCUGCAGUUUACGUGGUACGACAACAUGCUGUGUAUUACCAUAUACUGUGCUGUAAAACCUUUAUGGAUCUCGCAUUCACAGCAGAACUUUUUAAAAAAAAAUUUAUAUCAUAACUAUAAAUUUGCAGUGACAUAGGUGUAGAGUAGAUUGUUUAUUUACUUGUGUUUAUAUGAGUAGUUUUAUUUGUUCUGUUUCAAAAAGCUCAGCCUCUGUGACUGUUUGUUCCUAUUGCUUGCAUUCUUGCACUUAAGGAGGCAUUUAGACUGAAGCCACAUUAUAUUGUUAUCGUUUUAAUGCAUAUGAAUUAGCUUAUUACUCAUAUUUCUCUAGAAAUUUGAAAGCAUUUUAUAAUAAUUUGUAUUUCAGCUCAAAAUUUUGCAAACAAAAAAGUUUUAUUUACCUAUUUGACUAUUACUACUAUAGUUUGUUUUUAUUGGUGUCGUUUGCACAAAAUGUGUGUAUUCAAAAGAGCCUUAUUGUGAUGAACUGCUGUAUGUUUUACAAUAAAAAUGAAU